AAACACCGAAACAAAACAAAAACAAUCAAGUGCAAAAAUUAGCAGACAGUUUAAAUAAAAUGUUUUCUUUUUAUUAAUAAUAAAUAAAUUAACUAAAAAUGUCUGUAAUAAUUUGCAUAAAUGAUUAUUGGCAACAUAAAAUCUACUAUCAUAUUGUGCCCUCCAAACAAAAUAUCAACAAUAACAACUUGAAUAGAAUCGACUAUAAUUUAGAAAUUUUGCAAACAAUCAAAAGGACAACCAAGUGUCCAAAUGUUAAUAAACUGCCGGUAUUGAAACGUUUAAAAUGGGAAAUUGAUGGUAUAAAUUAUUAUUAUUUGCAAAAGGAAUUAUUAAACUAUUUGGAAUAUAGAAAAGUGUUGAGCACUUGGCUGCAGUUAAAAGGUGUGCAAUUGUUAUGGUUACAAAUUGUUAAGCCGGAGAGAGAUAUAAUCGAUUGGAAAUGGAAUCGUAUGCUAGCUGUUAUAUUAUGGGAAAAAAUAGAAACCGAAUAUCUAAUGUCCUGGUUAUCUACCUUAGGAGGAGCUUUUUCAGCUUUAGGCGAACAAUUCUCCAAAUGCGCUGAAAUGGCUGGUAAAAUAUCACAGAAACAACUAAUGAUUGGCAUUAAACUGGGUGACCCUUUUUUGCAAUCUAGAUGUAAACUUUUCUACAGUAUAUCACUAAUACAAACGGGACGUUUGAGAUCAGCUAAAUACAUCAUAAGACAACAGUAUAACUUUGCCCGCAGUCAUGCCGAAGUGGAUGGACGUUUAGUUAAAAUGUGCAAAGGAAUAUGGUUGAAAUUACAAUAUGAAUAUGGCUUAAGGCUGAAAUCACGCAAAAAAGAAGCAUUGCAAAAUCAAAAAAUUAAUGGUGCUGGUGACAAGUAGAUGUUAAAAGGAUGUUGUGGUAACGUCACAUUUAAUCUAUAAACUGAUGUUAAACUCAGGACUGUUGAAACGAGUAAAUGUUUGCUAAAAGUGAAAUAAAAUUUUGAUAUGGGUUAUUUUCUUAUUAUUGUUUAAUUUAAAUUUAGUUUUGUUGUGGUUUUGUUAUGUGAAUUUUAUUUAAUAACCUUUUAAAAUUUAAAAACUUUUAGUUCAAGUGCUCCUUUUUUCCGUUAUUAAAGAAAUUUGUUAUAAUGGAAAUGUAAUAAAGUGUCCAGUUAUUUAAAUAAAACUUGAUAAUAAUUUAAA